AUGUCAUCUUUGGAGGUACGCAAGGAGUCCGGGAGCUCUCAGACAGAAACCAAGCCGGAAAGCAGCGAACAGGUCGUCACUGUUUUUGACUUGGCGACUGAGAUAGAACAAUCGCUACAAAAGGUAAUGAAAGAUAUAGAAGGCAACGAUCAAGAGUUCCAGGAGCAGUAUAAGGCCAUCGAAAGACGACUUAGAAGUCUGGAGAGGUAA